UUUUAUUAAUGACAAUAUAAGUCAAAUUACGACUAUCACAGAUUUGCCCGAGUUACGAUCGACCGCGGUGAGUUUAGUUUGCACUCAGCAAAAUGAAUUAUUUAAUUUCGACAAAUGUUCAUCUUACUUAAAAUUAAUUCGGAUCGGUGCAUAUGUACUCCGCUUUAUAUUAAACUCACGCACUAACUCUGAGCGUAAACAACUCCGCCAAACCGGUUCGCUAUCAGUGGACGAGUUGGAGGCAUCACGGCGUAUGCUAGUUAGAUUCGCACAGAUGCAAUCAUUUCCGGACGUGUAUGAUUGUUUACUUAAAAAUAAACCGCUUAAGACGAGUAGUAAACAAUAUAAUCGUAUCUCCGGUCUUAACGUGUUUUUAGACGAUCGUUAUAAGUUACAAGUGAUUAGAGUCGGUGGUAGAUUGUGUAAUUCAACAAGUUUCGAUUACAACAAAAAACAUCCCGUGUUAUUGUGCAGUAAACAUAGGUUGACGGUGUUGUUAUUCAAAUAUGAACACAAGCGGCUGUUGCACGGCGGACCGCAGCUACUCUUAUCUACUUUGCGUGAAUGUUGGUGGCCGUUAGGUGCGCGAAAUUUGGCAAGGAAAAUCGUUCGAGAAUGCGUUACCUGUAUUCGAAUGAAAGAUCCUACUGACCUAAACCCACUCACGCCUGCUCAUUUCCUAAUUGGUCGGCCGCUGACCUGCCCUGCCAGCGAGGACCUGACGGACGAGGAGCCAUCCCGCCUGUCUCGCUACGCCAGGAUCGAAGCCCUCCGUCAACACUUCUGGCGUCGGUGGGCCAAGGAGUACGUUGCGGAGCUCCAGCGACGAACCAAGUGGAAGACGAAGAAGGACGACAUAGCCUUAAACAGCCUCGUCCUAAUCAAAGACGAUAACCUGCCUCCUCUCAAAUGGCGGUUAGGCCGAGUCACGCGUCUAUAUCCCGGAGGCGACGGCGUGAACCGUGUCGCCGACAUACUCACGGCGACAGGGACGAUACGACGCAGCUUUUCAAAGAUCUGCCCGCUGCUAUCCGAGCCGGCAGACCACAACGAAUGAAGACCAUUUUGGGAGCUGGUGCUCCCAAGGCCGGGGGCAUGUUCACGCAUCACGUAGCGACAUCUAGCGGCGCUACGACUGCAACUCCCGCGCAGCCCCUCUCCGCGCUCAUCCUGUGGCGUCCAUUCGCAUCUCUAUACGGCACGAUUAACACCUUACUCGUUGCAUUUAAUAUUUAAAUUUAUAUCGAGUCAUUUUACGUAAUAAACGUAUAUUUAAAA